CAAAUUCCUGAAUUCGUAUCUGGAGAUCGAUACACCGGAUGAAUUAUGCCGACAUCUAUUCCUUUCAUUCGUCAGGAAGGGCUCGCGCGGGGUGGACGGCAAAGCCUUCAAAGAGAUGGCCGUGCUAACCUCGACAACCGCCUGCGCCGCAAUUACAUCGCACACGACUUCCAGCAGUAACGUUAAUAGCACCGGCGUACCAGGCGGAACUUCCACGGAGAGUCAUGUUGGAUCCUCGCUGGCCGACAAAAUUCACGGAAUCACGGAAAAAUUGCAGGCGCUGGGCCAUCACAGAACGGAAAGCGAAGCCUCGAGGACGCGUACGGGAAGCGUGCAUCCGAUGUUAACGGUCACCCAUACGUCGUACAGCUGUCACGACGUGCUAGAGAAGAAGAGCACGGACAGCAGUCCAAGUCAAAGCCAAAUGUCGCGUAAUUCAUCCAGGAAGUCGAACAAUUCCCUCCUUGUCAACAACGGGAAAUUGGAAGAGAUGAGGCAUCUUGUCAGAAAGCAAAGCACAAUAGAUGUCCAGUCCGUUAAAGUCAGCCUCAAAGACAUCGUUUGUUAUCUCUCCCUCUUAGAAGCCGGCAGACCGGAGGAUAAACUGGAAUUCAUGUUCCGGCUGUACGAUACGGAUGGGAACGGCGUUCUUGAUACGAACGAGAUGGACUGCAUCGUAAAUCAAAUGAUGAACGUUGCGGAGUAUCUUGGCUGGGAUGUCUCAGAGCUGAAACCGAUUCUGCAAGAUAUGAUGAUAGAAAUUGACUACGACGCAGAUGGUACAGUGUCGCUGGAAGAAUGGAAGAGAGGUGGCCUCACGACAAUACCCCUGCUGGUUCUUCUGGGUCUGGAUUCCAACGUGAAGGAAGAUGGGAACCAUCUGUGGAGGCUAAAACAUUUCAGCAAGCCCGCGUACUGCAAUCUCUGUCUAAAUAUGUUGGUUGGCCUCGGCAAGAAAGGGCUUUGUUGCGUCUUUUGCAAAUACACGGUGCACGAGAGGUGCGUGCAAAGAGCGCCAGCCUCCUGCAUAGCCACUUAUGUCAAGAGCAAGAAGACAUCCCAAACAAUGGCUCAUCAUUGGGUCGAGGGUAAUUGCCACGGAAAAUGUUCCAAAUGCAGAAAGACGAUCAAAAGUUACAAUGGCAUCACCGGCUUACGCUGCAGAUGGUGUCAAUUAACCUUGCACAAUAGAUGUGCGUCACAAGUGCGAGCGGAAUGUACGCUCGGCGAUCAUGCGGUACACAUCCUUCCACCUACGGCAAUUUGCCCCGUUGUACUCGAUAGACAAAGGUCAUUGUCGAGGGACAGCAAACGUGGUAGCAAACACUGUCAGGACAGCUCAUCGGUCAGUUCCGGUGUUUUCCUGAGCUGCGGUAGUUCGUCGACUCAACAACCAGCUAUGUCCUUUCAAAUUACACCAGGGGAGAACACGAAGCCGCUUUUGGUUUUCAUAAAUCCAAAAUCGGGCGGCCGGCAAGGGGAGCGAAUGUUACGGAAGUUUCAAUACAUUCUGAACCCUCGGCAGGUCCAUAAUCUAGCGAUCGGCGGGCCCAUGCAGGGCCUGCAGAUGUUUAAGGACGUGGAGAAUUUUAGGGUGAUCUGUUGCGGCGGCGACGGAACAGUCGGUUGGGUUUUAGAAACCAUGGAUCGUGUGCAAUUCGAAAAACAACCUGCCGUUGGCGUUAUACCUCUCGGUACGGGCAAUGAUCUUGCCAGGUGCUUACGCUGGGGCGGUGGUUACGAAGGAGAAGCGGUACACAAGGUGCUUAAGAAAAUAGAAAAGGCAACGCAAGUGAUGAUGGACCGCUGGCAAAUAGAAGUAGAUCAAAAGGACGAGAAGAAACCGAAUCAAGAUAGUAUACCGUAUAAUAUCAUUAACAAUUAUUUCUCGGUGGGCGUCGACGCCGCUAUCUGCGUCAAGUUUCACAUGGAGAGGGAAAAAAAUCCCGAAAAGUUCAAUAGCAGAAUGAAAAAUAAGUUGUGGUACUUCGAAUACGCAACCACGGAGCAGUUCGCUGCCAGUUGUAAAAAUCUCCACGAAGAUCUCGAGAUAAUUUGUGACGGUACGCCUCUGGAUUUGGCGCAUGGCCCAUCUCUGCAAGGAGUCGCAUUGCUAAACAUUCCUUUCACUCACGGGGGUUCGAACCUCUGGGGCGAACAUCACGUGCGGCACCGCCUUGGCAAACGAAAAAAGCGACCUGACAAAGAGCUCAGUACCAGUAGCUUCAAUUCCGUAGACCUUACAGCCGCUAUUCAAGACAUCGGGGACAAUCUGAUAGAAGUAAUCGGUCUGGAGAACUGCUUGCACAUGGGACAAGUGAAGACCGGACUCCGACAUUCCGGCAGAAGACUAGCCCAGUGUAGCAGCGUCACCAUCAUCACGAGCAAACGAUUCCCCAUGCAAAUCGACGGCGAACCUUGGAUGCAGGGUCCUUGUACGAUUCGCAUCACACAUAAAAAUCAAGUACCGAUGCUGAUGGCACCGCCGCCAGAUAAGAGCAAAGGCUUCUUCCGGUUCUUAAAGAGGUGAACGCAGCAACUUUACGCUUUUACCGAAGGAGGAUGGAUACUAUCGAGUGAAAAGAUCAAUUCCACCUGUCUCUACCCAGUCUUGUCAUCGUCCGGCACGUUUUUUCCUCUUUAUUACGGCGGAAACGUAUCGGUUCCAUCGUAUGUAGUCGCAGCUUCGAUACACGUCUAAAUGCAAAAGAACACGAGCGUCAGCGCGCCUUAGGUAUUCUUGUGUACAGUAUUUUUCAAGAUAAACGAAAUUUUAUGUCCUAGUCUUAGAUCACGCCAAGCGGUAGGCUCGACCGUCUUAAGCCUUUUUAGAAAUUUUUAAUCCGUUUGUCUGCCCUUAACUGGCAAAGUAUGGACAUCGAGCGGAAAGGGUUCGGUUCGGCCAUACGUACGAUAACGUCGUAAUAACUCCGUCGCUUUACUUGUAUCUUUCAGAGUCGCGAUUAUUUUUAAUUUCCGAAUUCGUAUUAAGGUAUCAAUUAAAGUAUCUUUCAAAUUUAGGUGAGAACAGGCUCGCCGACACAAAGACAUCGUCCUUCCAGUUAAGGGUCAAAAUUACCUCGCGCGAGUAUCGGUCGCGCAGCGAGCGCUUUCACGUUGCGAGUUUUGAGUCUAUCGCUUCUUACAUGUGCAGAUCGACACUGGCGCAUGUAUUUACGCAGCAAGUAGACGGCAUAUUAAUACGGCGAGUAUUGUGCGGCGUCGUGCAAACGAGAGUGGAGUUGUAACGGCCACUUUGACUUAACGCGCAUGUGGAUACGAUUCUUUCAAGAUCUAUCGCCGAAACAAUUAUAGCGUCUCUAGCGUAGAAAGGAAUGGGCGAAGCAGAUGGACUAGACUGGUCGACAUUUUCGCUUGUGAUACGUGAUAUAUUCCUAAUUCUGGUUCUCCUUUGCACGAAUCCGUCCGUCAAACACGAGUCACGUACUUUCCUCAAUUAAUGCUAGGUUUUUUGUACCAAGGGCUUAGCCGUAAAAACGCUUAGGCAUAAAUCACGACUUAUUUAUUUAUUUCUACGACGUAUUUAUUUAUUUAUUUAUUUUUCGCGUAUUUUAUAAGUCAGAGCAAUAUAUCAUGAGCAUAUCAACGAGUAAGUGCGAUCGCGCAGCACGUUGUAAUAUUUGGUUGUUAAAUAUUUAUAUAUCUCGCGAAAUUGCGAAGUCAGUGAAUAUCAUUUAAUCUUCGCGGACUGUAAUCGAAUAGCGAAUACAACAACUUGCAUUUUUUUUAUUUUAGCACAUUUAUUGUUUUCAUUAAUUGUAUAUAAUCAUAAUACUUUUCGCGCAUUCAUGUUUCUCGUGCCCGCAAGAAUUACAACUAAAUUUUUCUCGUAUAUCCAUUAACAUACGUUGUCUUAUUACACGUAUAAAUACCUAUAUUCUAUGCAUUAUUGGUGGCCCUACGCUGAUCUAAGUAACAGGUGCUUCAAAACGCUUUUCUUCUUCUCUGCUAAUGUUAUUCCAAUUUAAACUUCGUACACCAAUGACGAUCGAUUCAAUAUCAUUUCUUAAGAUUUCCGUAAACGUUAAGGAAGAAAGUAGCCCUCCCCUAAUAUAGCCAUUAAGUGUAUCGUCUAUUAAAUCAUAUAGAUUCUAUAUUUCCGUGCACUUGUUGGACACAUUUUUGUUAGUACGAUAUAAAAUCUGAGAUAUAUCAAUUUUUCAAUCUAAUUGUAGCGAAAUGGAACUUUAUGUUUUUGUAAUUAUAUAUACAUAUAUACAUAUAUACGCAGCCAAAGGAAUAAUAUAUACAAUUUAAAAUCCCGCAGGGACCAUCUCGAUAUAUAAACGAUAAAGAUUUUAAAUUUUCAUAUCUUCGUGCAGACCGAGAUUUUAAUCUUUUGUAAUAUUCAAACCGUCAUAUUUGCGAAACCUUUCGCGGCUAUUUAGAUUUUACUUGCGUUAGAUAUAUAUUACGCAGACUAAAGUGAAGAGCAACGCGUGACAAUUAAUUGAUUCUAGAGCAACAAAUAACCGUAAGCGAAAGUUUUGCAAUAGAGUAUAGUUUACAUUUAUGACAAUUCGAAGUACAACAUUAUACACCUCUUUCCUAGGUAGAUGGUUUAGCUUACUCUCCACCCACCGGUCACUCAUGAUCGUCAUUGUUUUUUUAUACCGCGAUCGCGCAAGAUGAUUUACGUGACGGUUAACGCGGUCGAUUAGUCGCUAGGUAAAUCGAAAUACUACGCUUACAAAAUAAAACUUGUAAUCGACGAAGAAAGGAAGAAAAGUUUUAAUUUUCAAGUCGUUACCUACUAGCGUGCGAGCUCUAGGGGGAAUGAAAAACGACGAAAGAUUGAAAAAAUCGCCGCGAGGACGAACGGGAGUCUAUCCUUGCAGUCCUACGUCUCUUCGAUCUGUGAAUACUAACGGCACAAUAACGACGAUAUUGUUUUUCUAUUGGAUUGGCGCAGUGUCUCAGUGUGCUUUGUCAUUGUGUAACAUUAUAUAUGAUGCGAGAAGACCCAAAAAUUACUCGUUAUACGGCAGUAUGGGGAAAUGUAAGACGUUCGCGACGAGGGCCUGUUGGAAAUUCGAGGGCACAGCUUUCGGGGCGACAAUCGCUGAUACCUGAGACAAAAAUCGGAAGUAAAGAACUGUACUGCGUGCCAACAAUAUUCCAAGAGGGAUCUCGCCGGUAUAAUUUUAAUAACCGGAACAUUGUGGCCAUCUCGUCGUAAAGAAUGCGAUCGCGAAGUGUGAAUCGGAUGUAAAAAUUACAAUUCUAUUAACUGGAAUCGCUAUAGCGAUCCUUGCCUACUGUCCUAAUGCAGAAUGAAAACAAAUGAACCGAGUCUGCGCGAACAAUGUGCAGAGCAAAUGACAAAUAUCUAAUAUCAUAUUAGUUAUGACAGUGAUACAGAGAAAAUUGACGUAGCUAUGCGGAACACUUAUUGUUAGCAGAAUUAUAUGCAGAUAAUUUCUGAUACAAAUAAGAUCAGGGUGAGAAUUUAUUGCUGACAUAGCAGUCGUUUGGAAAGUAAAAGAUUUCGAGGAAGUUUUUCAUUGUUCGAUAAGAAACUUCUUCAUUUUUCAUCUUCUUCGUUCUCUUAUCAUUUUCAUCUUUUAAUUAAGUAACAAGACCCGCUUUGUAGAAUCUCGCUCUCAAAAAGAUGGUUCAAAAAAUGUUGGUAAGAAUUUUGUAAAAAAUUAAACUAUGAACCAUCUUUACGUUGACUUGUAAAUCUCUUUAGAUAUUUUAUAUUCUUCUUACGUUUCUUCAGUGUAAUUAUUCUACGAUUAAUACGAUUUAAUUCGGUAUUAAAUAAUUUAAUUCUUACAUUCGAAAUUUAAGCUACAUCAAGUAUCAUCACUGUAAAUUUUUUUUUUUUUAUGCCACACUAAAGCUUAAUUAUAUCUCUGGACUUUUUUCCACAUUGAAACUUGAAAAAAUAUAUUUAAUUAUAAAGUCUAAUCACUCCGUAAAUAAAACGUGCAAUUAAUAUCUUAAAAAUAGAAGAAAAGGCAGAGAGCAAUACAGUUUCAAACUAAUUUUUUUGUCUGGAUUAAUAAGAAUUUAGUUUCGCAAAAACGAAUUUCCAUAACUUUCUUUCAAACCGCUUAGCCUUCGCGUAAUCGGAAAACGAGUUACGAACGUUUUGAGUCCUACGUCGCUAAUAAUGAGGCAAAAGUUAAACGCUAUUGGAGUUGUACCAUACUGUGUACGAUGUAUUAUAAUCCGAUUCACCUUUCCCUGCGCCCUCGACGAAUAUACGUGAUCCAAAACGCGAUGUCUGGCAUGCGGAACAUAUAGGCGCGUCAUAGUCGUUAAGCGCUACUCGUGGAGCGACAUAUUAGCUGAAUUUUACUGCCAUCUUUUUUUGGGUCUACGUACGUUUGAGCACUACUGCCAUUUUCCAAAGGAUAGACACAUACGCGAACGAAAAAGCCUGUCUAUAGUGUAAUAUAACGUAAGAAAUAAAAUGUAAAUUUAUCGCGAA